UGGAGGCAGGCAGGCAAGCAGGCGUCCAUCCGUCAGGCGGCCUUGGUGGGCAGCGGGUUCCGGGCCUCGCCGUUGUCGGCUCAGUCGUGCCGUGUCUCGUUGGCAUGGAGGAGAACGAAUGGCGCAGCGCCAACUUCAGGCAGAAGCUGGUCAGCCAGAUUGAAGAUGCCAUGAGGAUGGCUGGAGUUGCUCACAGUAAGACCAGCAAAGACAUGGAGACUCAUGUUUUUAUGAAGGCCAAAUCACGGGAGGAGUACCUUUCUCUUGUGGCAAGGCUCAUCAUCCACUUUCGUGAUAUUCAUAACAAGAAGUCUCUGGCCUCUGUCAGUGAUCCGAUGCACGCACUGCAGAAUCUUACCGGUGGGUCACCAGCAGGAGCAGCUGGCAUGGGGAUGACUCCUCGUCCUCAGGGACCCCCCCUGGGUGGAAUGAGUGGGCUUGGGGCCCCCAUGGGGCAGCAGAUGAGCCUUCCAGGGCAGCAACCUCCAGGAACUGCUGGGAUGGCCACUCAUGGCAUUCCAGGCAUCUCUGCAGCCAACCAGCCAACCCAGCUUCAGCUUCAACAGAUGGCGCAGCAGCAGCAGCAGCAGUUCCAGCAGCAGCAGCAGCAGCAGCAGCAGGCAGUCCUGCAGCAGCAGCAGCAGCAGUUCCAGGCCCAGCAAACAGCGAUGCAGCAGCAGUUCCAGGCCCAGCAGCAGCAGGCUGCAGCAGCUCAGCAGCAGCAAAUGCAAGCUGUGCAGCAGCAGCAGCAGCAGCAGCAACACAUGCUGACAUUGCAGCUGCAUCAACAAAGCCAGCAACAGAUGCAGCAGCAGCAGCAGCAACUGCAGCGAAUUGCUUCAAUGCAGCAGCAGCUACAGCAGCAGGCAGCUCAGGCUAUACAGGCCCAGCAGCAGCAGCAGCAGCAGCAGCAGCAGCAGCCCAUUCUGCAACCGACACCUCCGACACAACAGGUUCUGCAGCAGCAGCAGCAGCAGCAGCAGAUGCAGCAGCAGAAGCAAGUGGCACAGGCUCAGCCACCUCCACUCCCACAACAGCCAAUGGUGUCUCAGGCACAGACAAUCCCAGGGCAGAUCCCUAGUCAGGUCAUGCCGGUCACCCUCACAGCCCAACAGUUGAAAGUCGUGCAGGCAAGAGUUUUUCAGCAGCAGCAGCAGCAGCAGCAGCAGCAGCAAGCCGCCGCCGCCGCCCAAGCACAAGCCCAGGCUGUUCAGAUGGGAGCUUCAGGCCAGAUGAUCACCGCAACUAUGGCCCGAGGUGGGAUGCAAAUAAGACCACGGUUCCCGCCUGCCACUGCUGUCUCUGCCACGCCUCCAAGCACCAUUCCUUUGGGUGGACAGCAAAUGCCUCAGGUCAGCCAGAGUAGCAUCACCAUGAUGUCUUCCCCUUCGCCAGUCCAGCAAGCCCAGACGCCCCAGCCAAUGCCUCCACCACCUCAGCCACAGCCUUCUCCCCAGCCUGGGCAGCCCACUUCUCAGCCCAACUCCAAUGUCAGCUCUGGUCCAGCCCCAUCUCCCAGCAGCUUCCUGCCCAGCCCAUCUCCACAGCCCUCUCAGAGUCCAGCAGCUGCACGAACCCCCCAGAACUUCAGCGUCCCGUCGCCAGGGCCGCUAAACACACCAGGCAAUCCCAACUCCGUCAUGAGCCCAGCGAGCUCCAGCCAGUCUGAGGAGCAGCAGUACCUGGAGAAACUCAAGCAGCUGUCCAAGUACAUUGAGCCUUUGCGGAGGAUGAUCAACAAGAUUGAUAAGAAUGAAGACAGGAAGAAGGACCUGAGUAAGAUGAAAAGCCUCCUGGACAUUUUGACUGAUCCGUCCAAACGCUGUCCUCUGAAGACUUUGCAGAAAUGUGAAAUUGCUCUGGAGAAGCUCAAGAAUGACAUGGCUGUGCCCACUCCCCCACCCCCUGCAGUUCCUCCCAUGAAGCAGCAGUACUUGUGCCAACCCCUCCUGGAUGCAGUCCUGGCAAAUAUCCGUUCACCAGUCUUCAAUCAUUCCCUCUACCGGACCUUCAUGCCAGCUAUGACAGCCAUCCAUGGGCCACCCAUCAUGGCCCCAAUUACUUCACCUCGGAAGCGCAAGUAUGAAGAGGAUGAAAGGCAAACCAUACCAAAUGUAUUACAAGGGGAGGUUGCGAGAUUAAACCCCAAGUUCUUGGUGAACCUGGAUCCCUCCCAUUGCAGCAACAAUGGCACAGUCCAUCUCAUAUGCAAGCUAGAUGACAAAAACCUUCCAAAUGUUCCACCACUACAGCUCAGUGUCCCAGCUGAUUAUCCAGAUCAGAGCCCCCUGUGGAUUGAUAACCCUCAACAAUAUGAAGCAAACCCUUUUUUGCAAUCAGUGUAUCGCUACAUGAUGUCCAAAUUGCUGCAGCUUCCUGACAAGCACUCUGUCACAGCGCUCCUCAACACGUGGGCACAGAGUAUCCGGCAGGCCUGCCUCUCUGCUGCUUGACACCAUCUGCUCUCCUUUCGCUGGGCCUUGGCUGGAGAAGUCACAGCCCAACGGGACAAGAAUAUGAGAAGCAGAAGCCUUAAAUUGUUUUUGUUUACUAGGAAUCAAGCUUUGUUAAAGAGCCUGGUGUUAGGUUUAGUGCUUGUGCUUCCUCUGCCUUUGUAGACGAUGCAGAUGGUGGAUUCUCGAGGCAGAUGUGUUAGCAGCAUUUUUUAAUGUCUUCUUAGAGAAGAGUGUGUGUAGACUUCUGUCACGGAGUCUCCCUACUAUAAAGAAAGGGACAGUGUCCUUCAGACCUUGUCCAGUGCCAGUAUGUAUGUAUGUGUCUGUUUGGUUUGGCUGGACACCACCCCAAGAAGCAGCAGCCUGCAGCCCGCAAGGGCUGCACUCUCUGAUGGGGCAGGGGAGUUGCAGCCCGCGUCUUCCGAGAGAUGUGCCAACCAACCAGGCGAUGGAGGAAGACCCGCUUGUCCUCUUGCAUCUGUGGGGGGAGACAGCGGCCUCUUUGCUCAGCCCUGGUUCUGCUUCUCCUACCUCCAAUGCUCAACUCUUUGUGGAAUUUCAGUCUUGGAAGCAUUGCUGUUUCCACACAUCUGUGCCACCAACUUCACAGAGUCUGAAUACUGGUUUGCACUCUUCAACACGGCAUCUCGACGGCUGUGAUGUUUGUAAAUCUGUGUGAUUACUAUGUCAAUUUGAGGACAUUAAAAAACUUACUUAAUAAGCAGAUUAACUGCAGUACAACAGUAUCAAUAUUUCAUACAUGAACCAAGGCAUUUGUUUUAUUGUAAUAAAUGUAUUGUUCCAGUGUUGAA